AUGGGAAUCGAGGUCUGCGUGAAGGCUGCUUCUGGUGCACCUGAUGUUCUCGGUGACUGUCCUUUCAGUCAAAGAGUACUUCUCACUUUAGAAGAGAAGAAGCUUCCUUACACCACUCAUCUCAUCAACGUCUCACUCAAACCCGACUGGUUCUUGUCUGUUAACCCCGAGGGAAAACUUCCGGUAGUGAAGCUCGAUGACGACGAGAACUGGGUGGCUGAUUCCGACCUUAUAGUCGAAAUCAUCGAGGAGAAGUAUCCAGAGCCGUCUCUCGUGACAUUCCCUCCAGAGUUUGCCUCUGUAGGAUCCAAGAUCAUUGGUGCUUUUGUGAUGUUUCUGAAGAGCAAAGAUGAUGAGAAUGAUGGAGACUCCGAGAAGGCCUUGUUAGAUGAGCUCGAGGCGUUAGACAAUCACCUCAAGACUCACGGUGGUUCGUUCGUGGCUGGUGAAAAUGUCUCGGCUGUUGAUUUGAGCCUAGCGCCGAAGCUUUACCAUCUUGAGACCGCGUUAGGACAUUUCAAGAACUGGUCUGUCCCUGAGCGUCUGACCAAUGUUCGUGACUACAUGAAGGUUUUGUUCUCUCUCGAGUCUUUUGAGAAAACUAAAGCUGCUAAAGAGUAUGUGAUUGCAAGUUGGGCUCCCAAGCUCGAGGUUUGA